AUGAAUUUCUCACCUUGCGCCGUACACCAGCAGGUCACUAUCCUCAGUGAGUAUGGCUGCAAUUUGGCCUUCAAGUUGAAGGUGGGCAAGCAUGGCAUCAGCUUCGCCGGGCGCCUGUGCCUUGAUAACCGGUGCCUGACCAUCGAGGACAAGGACGGGCACAAUAUUCAACCUGGAACAACGCCCAACAAGGUCUGUGCAGACCGUAAUUCCGCGUCCGACCGCGACCCCUUUGUGCAGUCCAGCACCGUUUUGACUUCUGCGAGACUUGCAUCUAUUUCGCGACCAACAUCGGAGCACCGUAUUGAGUUGCCCAGCCAGUGA